AUGCAUUCCAAAAUGAGUAUCGUCCUGCUGUUGAUCGGCUGCCUGGCAUAUCCGACGUACAUAGAGGCCUGCUCCAGCCGCACGGUGCCCAAGCCGCGCUCCUCGGUCUCCUCAUCGAUGUCCGGCACAGCUUUGCCGCCAGCGCAGGUGCAAGUCACGAGUAGCACCACAAUGCGCCCCACCACGACGACCACGCCCAGGCCAAAUAUUACAUUCCCCACUUACAAAUGUCCGGAGACCUUCGAUGCCUGGUACUGCCUGAAUGAUGCCCACUGCUUUGCGGUCAAGAUUGCCGAUCUGCCUGUUUAUAGCUGCGAGUGUGCCAUUGGCUUUAUGGGACAGCGGUGCGAGUACAAGGAGAUCGACAAUACCUAUCUGCCCAAGAGGCCGCGUCCAAUGCUGGAGAAGGCGAGCAUUGCCAGUGGAGCCAUGUGUGCCCUGGUCUUUAUGCUAUUCGUUUGCCUGGCCUUCUAUUUGCGCUUCGAACAGCGGGCAGCCAAGAAGGCCUACGAGUUGGAGCAGGAAAUGCAGCAGGAAUGCGAUGAUGAUGACGACGGGCAGUGCGAGUGCUGCCGGAAUCAGUGCUGUCCGGAUGACGAUGAGCCGGUCCUGCUGGAGCGCAAGCUUCCCUAUCACAUGCGGCUGGAGCACGCGCUGAUGUCCUUCGCCAUUCGGCGCAGCAACAAGCUGUGAACAGAGCGGAAAACAGGGUGCCCAAAAUCGAAUAUGCCUUGCCCAUCACAAAUUUCAUUGGGCUUUAGUCGAUAGUUGAUAAAUACCUAUUUACCGAAAGCUAAAUGUAUACUCAAGAACUGUCCACUCAAUCCGAUCUAGAGAUCUUCACUUUCUUUUACCGAAAGUUUGCA